AUGGUUAUACUCACAGCCAUAUUAACAGUGCGUCUUGGUAAAGAUAGUGUCAAACACGACUAUCGAAAUGCCAAAAGGAGAUUAGAUUACAAAGUUGAAGGUCAGUGCAUGGGUCAAGUCUCUAUUGAAAGAAUAACUCCAUGUCCAGCUUUCUAUCACACUGCUAGAUAUAUCUCUGGGCCGUUUCAAAUAAGAGACAAUGUGAAGAAAAGAACUACUGGUAAAGCUUAUGGUGUUAUAUUUAAUUGCAUGGUUACUCGUGCUGUAUAUAUUGAUGUUGUUGAUGGAUAUGAUACCCAUAGUUUCUUGAAAACUUUUAGACGCUUCACAGCUGUUCAUGGAUAUCCAGCUACUGUUCAUUCAGACUUAGGCUCUCAGCUGGUAUCAGCUAGUAAAGAAAUUAAAAUAGCUAUUAACAACUGGAAUAUGUCUGAUAUUUCUGAAUCUGGAACAAAAAGGGGAUUGAAAUGGAUUUCCAACCGUUCAGCUGAUGCAGCAUGGCAAAAUGGUGUUAGUGAAAAGAUCCUUCGUCAUGAUAAUUGGAUCUACUCUGGUGACAUAUAG